UUUUCAUGCGUGCAAGCCAUUAUAGACUUGGAUCCUGUAAAAAUUUAAGAAAAAUAUAGAAAAAUACUGAAAUAUGUCUCGUUCGGUUACUCCAUCUAGUGAUGAUAAUGGAGAUGGGGCUUCAUCACCUAUAAGAUUGUCUCAGGCAAUGGAUCCUUUGAGGAACAGUUCAGAUUCGUCUUCUGAGGAAGAAAAUAGUGAUGAUGAUUAUGAAAAAACUAUAAUUUCGAAAAGAAAGCGACCCGUUUCCGGAAGAAGCAGACAAGUUAAAAGAUCGAAAGCAAGUACAUUGGUUGAGGAAGACCACGAAGAGGAGAUCCCUAAUAAAAUUUACGAUGACCUAUUAAAUGAGGCUGCAAGCGUAAAGGACAUAGUCGUUGAAUGGCUUACUCAGUACGAGAAAGACCAGCAAGGUUCUUUGGUUGAAUUGGUUAACUUCAUUUUAAAGUGCUGUGCUUGUAAUCGAACGGUAAAUGAGUUUGAUGUCCAAGAUCAAGAAUCUGUCUCCGCAACACUUUCUCAGAUUCAACUCUCCGUUGAAAAGACAACGACUCGUGAGUACCCUUUAAACUCAAAAAAUGCUAAAUUUCGUAAUUUCCGGAAAAAGCUCUCUCAGUUUUUAGCUUAUUUCGUUUCACAACUCUCUUCUAAAAAAUACCUCUACAAUGACAGUGCUAGAUUUGAGAAUAUUAUGUCCUGGAUUGUAGCGAUGUCUUCGUCGACAAUGAGGCCAAUCCGACAUACGGCUACCGUUUUUUGUUUGAUUAUUAUGUCAGCUUUAUGCGAAGAGUCACGGGAAUUUUUAUCUGACCAUGCCAUAGCAUCGAAGCAGUUGGCAAAGGAGGAAAAAAGGGCUCGCCCUAAUAAAAACCGUAUUCAGGAAUUGGGUGAUUCGCUUCAAACAAUCACGAAGCAACAAGAUGUAAUAUCAGAAUAUCUUAAUAGUUAUUUUGACAGUGUUUUCGUGCAUCGAUACAGAGACGUUGAACCAAAGAUCCGAAUUGAUUGUCUGAAGGAACUUGGAAAUUGGAUUAAUGUAGUCCCAAGUGUCUUUUUCUCUGGAUCCUAUUUAAGAUACCUAGGUUGGAUGUUGUCAGAUACGAACACAACUGCUCGUCUAACUGUAGUCAAAGUUUUACACAAGAUAUUUGAAACAGAGUCUUUUUUGGGGGGCCUCAGACAUUUUACGUCAAGAUUUAAAGAAAGAAUCAUUGAAAUAAGCUGCAUAGACGCUGAAGCUACUGUUCGCAUAGCUUCAAUUCGUUUAUGUAAUACUAUCAGAGCGUGUGGCUUUUUAGAAGAUGAAGAGGUUAUGAAAAUAUCGCAGCUUAUUUUGGAUGUUAAUCCAAGGAUUCAGCGUGAGGCAAUUCAAUUCUUAUGUUCUAAUGUGCAAGAAGCUACACAUGAACAAUUGGGAUCUUGGGGAGACGAGGAAGUUAUUUCUGAGUCAUUUACAAAAGAAACAAUUAAUUCGUUCGAUAUCACUUGGGUAAAGUAUGCUCAGAUAUCAAAAACAGUGGAAGAAUUGCAGAAUUCAUUGAAAACCGAUCCUAGUGAUUUGAGACUGUUUUAUGUUUUUCAAAGGAACGUUUCAGAUUCAACGCCAAUUACUCAGACUUUAUUAAAUGCAUGUAGACUGGAUAAUGAUUACCAGUCAUGGGAAAAGAUUGCUAGCUAUAUAUUGUUUGACGAUUACGACCCCAAGUCUAACGAAAUUGUUAAUGGUGUCUUGCAAUACUGCAAACUUUCUGAAAGUCAAGAAUGUAUUUUGUUGCAACUACUAGCUUCUUCCCUUCUCUACAUGUCAGAUUCUGAGUUUGCGGUUCCUAAAAAGAUUGGAAGGCAGCAACUAGAGGAGCGAAAUGAACUUGAAAAGGAUGAUGAAAAGGAAAUGGUAUAUUUAAAAAUCCUUCCCUUGUUGAAUAACAUUAUUGAAAGACAAGCUGCUUCUCCUAUGUUACUCCAUCAUACCCUUCAGUUGCUUUUCACACUUGAUUUCAAGCAGUAUGCACAUAUGCAGCUUUCAAAACCCUUUGAAACCCUUUUAUUAAACUUAUCAAAGUUUUUUUUGACAAGUAAUUAUGCGAGUAUAAUACAUGAUUGCACGGUCGUGUUUUUAAAGAUGCAGUCCGUUCCGGUUUUAGAGGAGAGAUCGUCUUUCAGGAUUGCAGAAAUGUGUGAUCAAAGUAUUCAAGAAUUCCUUGAGUUGUUCCUUUCUUUCAAUCUACGUCAAGGCAUUGUCACUAAAGAUGACCAUUUACGAUUUGAAGCAUGCCUAAAGCGUAUGGAAGGAUGUACAUCAAUAAAAAAUAUAACGGAUAAUGCCGAAUUUGGAAUUAUUUAUGAGAAGUUAUCAGAUAUGCUUUCUAGAGUUCCUAAUGCGCUUGAAGAUUCUCUUAAGUUUCCCGCAUUACAGUCUCAACAAAGUUUGUUUUUCUGGCUACUUCUUCGUGAAGAAUCACUGGAUGGCGAACUUAUUCGUUCAUCUGGGGAAAAAUUUUUUAAUUGUUUAAUCUUUCUAAUUAACGGAGACAGCUCUGGCGUACUAAAGCUUCAAGCUACGAGGGUUUUGUUGGAAGUAAUUAUAAUGGUAUCGAGCUUUAAGACUACUAGGGAGGCUGAAACGGAAGAGUUCAUUCCUGGUGUAGAAGCAGUGAAAAGCAAAGAUAUGGUUCAUUCUUUAUUCUCUGUUUUACAGGGAUGGUUGACUGUCUAUGGAAAAAUGAUUAAUGCCUCUCCUGUAAAGCUGGUAGAUAAUAAAACGAGUUGGGUUCCCAUAACCAUGCCAACAAAUCCAGUGAAUAGGCAAUUACUAGAACAAAUAUGCUGUGAUUUGGUAGGCAAAUUACUAAUGACCGGUUCUCUUACUGAAGUACUAUCAAGAGAAGACUGGGAAAUUUUACAAACUAUUAGGGGAAAUUUUGGUUCGGCUAUAGAUACGUUAUUUGUUGAGUUCAAAGUUCAUGAAAGAGUUUAGGUUUUCUUUUUCUUUUAAACCAUAGAAGCAAAUUUAAUGAAUGUAAUGGAAUAAUAAUACAAAUUUAUACCUUAAACCCAAAUAUAAUAUGUAAAUAACUAACGUAUUUCAAAAUCAUU